CCGUGUGGACGCCGUAGUUCUUUACUGCGCAUGCUCAGCGUGGCCUACCUGAGGAACAGAGUCGCUGAGGAGAAGAGCCGGCAGGAAAGAUGUCGGGGGUUCAGGCGGUUCGGAUCAGUAUCGAGUCGGCGUGCGAGAAGCAUGUUCAGGAGGUGGGCCUGGACGGGAGCGAGACCUACCUGCAGCCGCUGUCCAUGUCGCAGAACCUGGCCCGCCUGGCCCAGCGCAUCGACUUCAGCCAAGGCAGCUCCGGCUCCGAGGAGGACGAGCCCAACCGAGACUGGGCCGCAGGAGGGGAGGAGGAGGAGGAAGAGGAAGGUUUGGUGAAAUUUCAACCUUCCCUCUGGCCUUGGGAUUCAGUGAGGAAUAAUUUAAGGAGUGCUUUGACAGAGAUGUGUGUUCUCUAUGAUGUUCUUACCAUCGUCAAAGACAAAAAAUUCAUGACUCUGGAUCCAGUUAUUCAAGAGCCUAUUUCACAAAAGCAGAAUCCUCAGGUUUUACAGUUGAUUUCCAAGAAGAAAUCAUUGGCUGGAGCAGCUCAAAUUCUACUGAAAGGAGCAGAGAGGUUGUCUAAAUCAGUGGCAGAAAGUCAGGAGAACAAGCGGCAAAGAGACUUCAAUUCUGAAUUGUUACGACUGAGGCAGCACUGGAAGCUAAGGAAAGUGGGAGACAAAAUCCUUGGUGACUUGAGCUACAGGAGUGCAGGGUCUCUGUUUCCUCAUCAUGGUACGUUUGAAGUAAUAAAAAAUACAGACAUAGAUUUGGAUAAAAAGAUUCCUGAAGAUUAUUGUCCGUUGGAUGUUCAGAUCCCCAGUGAUUUAGAGGGAACAGCCUAUAUCAAGGUAUCUAUUCAGAAACAAGCACCAGAUAUAGGGGAUCUUGGUACAGUAAAUCUUUUUAGAAGGCAUCUUCCAAAGUCAAAACCAGGGGCUCUGCAUUGGCAGACAAAACUGGAGACGGCACAGAAUGUCUUGUUGUGUAAGGAAAUCUUUGCCCAACUGUCUCGAGAAGCUGUGCAAAUUAAAUCUCAAAUUCCUCACAUAGUCGUGAAGAACCAAAUAAUUUCCCAGCCAUUCCCAGGUUUGCAGCUCUCUAUUUCUUUGUGUCACUCAUCAGAUGACAAGAAAUCUCAAAAGUCUGCUUCUGAGAAACAAGGUCCAGAGGAUCACCUUUAUGUUCUAGAGCACAGUUUGCACCAGCUGAUUAGGGAGUUCCACAAGCAAACCCUCAGCUCAACAAUGAUGCCUCACCCAGCAAGCGCACCUUUUGGCCAUAAGAGAAUGAGACUAGCUGGGCCUCAGGCUUUUGACAAAAAUGAAAUCACUUCCUUGCAACCAAGUGAGGGGCUUCUGGAGAAAAUUAUAAAGCAGGCUAAGCACAUCUUCCUGAGACGCAGAACAGCUCGGACCAUUGACAGUCUUGCCAGCCGUAUUGAAGAUCCCCAAAUCCAGGCCCACUGGUCAAACAUCAAUGACGUCUAUGAGUCGAGCGUCAAAGUCCUGAUCACCUCCCAAGGUUAUGAGCAAAUAUGCAAGUCCAUUCAACUGCAACUGAAUAUUGGUGUUGAGCACAUCAGAGUGGUACAUAGAGAUGGAAGAGUGAUUACACUAUCUCACCAAGAACAAGAGCUACAAGAUUUUCUUCUCUCUCAGAUGUCACAGCAUCAAGUGCAUGCAGUUCAGCAGCUGGCCAAAGUCAUGGGAUGGCAUGUGCUCAGUUUCAGUAACCAUGUGGGCUUAGGACCUGUAGAGAGCAUUGGCAACGCAUCGGCCAUAACAGUGGCAUCACCCAAUGGAGACUAUUCAAUUUCAGUGCGCAAUGGACCAGAGAGCGGCAGCAAGGUUAUGGUACAGUUCCCACGGUGCCAGUGCAAAGAUCUCCCCAAAAGUGAUGUUCUGCAGGACAAUAAAUGGAACUACCUCCGUGGCCCAUUCAAAGAAGUGCAGUGGAACAAAAUGGAAGGGCGCAACUUUGUGUACAAAAUGGAACUCUUAAUGGCCGCCUUGACCCCUUGCUCUUAGUGCACUAAAGAGGACUGUGCUGCUUCAAAGCCAACAAGAAAAUCAUGUUGACAAGCCAGCAUGUGAAUUUUGGAAGUGUUUAAACUUGUAUUUUUGUAUUUUGUUACACAUGCAGGAUACCUUCCUGCAUUUUUUUGUCCUUGCUAAGUUACAUAAUUAGUAACACAAAUUCUGUGAACUUUCGCACACGUUUACAUCACUUGUGUUUUUCUUGCAAUUCUGAAUGUUGAAUUAAACUAUGACAUUUUUGAGAAGAA